ACACCCUGGUUAACGUGCUACGUCAUUGACUUGCCAUCUCAGUGAAGCUCCUUUCACUUCUCUCUCUCUCUCUUCACUUUUCUCCUACCAAGCUCUGGUUUUUCUGCAAUGGGUUGUGCUGGAUCCUCACAGUCUAAGGCUGAUGGGAUGGUAAAAAAAAUCCGAAAGCCUAAGCCUUGGAAGCAUCCUCAGCCAAUAACAAAGACUCAGCUAAUACAAUUGCGUGAUGAGUUUUGGGACACAGCCCCUCACUAUGGUGGCCGGAAAGAGAUUUGGGAUGCUCUUCGAGCUGCUGCUGAGGCUGAUCUCUCUUUAGCACAAGCAAUUGUGGAUAGUGCUGGGGUCAUUGUCCAGAGUUCUGAUUUGACAGUAUGCUAUGACGAAAGAGGAGCAAAGUAUGAGCUACCCAAGUAUGUCUUGAGUGAGCCAACUAACCUGAUUCAGGACAAUUGAUGACAAAGUAUAAAUAGUAACAUUCAUGGGAAUCAGAUUGUAAAUCAUGUAUAUUGUUACCUCAUUGAUUUGGUAACUUGCAUAGGGUAGCAACUCUUUUUUCCUUUCCAUCUGUACUCACCUACGACAUCUUCCUUUAUGUUUCCUCAAUCAAUUGAACAAAAAUUAUGUCUGUUCUGUAUCAAUAGAUAACAAGUACCCCUCUUCUUUGGUAAAUACAAACUCCAUUACACUAUGUAUUUUCCA